AUGUCCGACGCGACGGCACCAGAAUGGCCCAACCACCGUCUGAAAGUGAUAGUGCCUAUGUGGUCAUUAUUAACCAUCAGCACAGCCUUCCUGGUCUGGAGAGUUGUGUACGGAUUGAAAUGUCGGCGGAGAUUCAUGGUUUGCGAUUAUCUAUUGAUUAUAGCUGGUCUUCUCAACAUUACGGCAACAUCGUUGACUCAGGUCGUCGUUCACUUUGGGCUCGGACGACACAUACUGGAUCCUUCUGUGCUUCCGAACAUCCUUCACUUUAGCUAUUAUCUUUGGAUCACCCAGAUCGUCAACGUCAUCGCAGUCGCAUUCCUGAAAUGGUCCAUUUGCGCUUGGCUCUUAGUAUUGAAUUUCUCCAGAGUGUACCAGGUUAUCAUCUGGAUGUCGAUCCUCAUGGUAACGGCUCUGAACUUCCUGGCGCCUGUCUUGACGUUCCUUGGUUGCGUGCCUCUUGAAAAGAAUUGGAACUUUGGAUUCCAAGGCCCGUUCAAAUGCUGGGCAGUAGGUGGAUUGAAGCUGUCGUACACGCAGGGUGUGAGUAACAUUGUUACCGAUCUUGUUUACAUGGCCGCGCCGUUGAUCUAUCUGACGAACGUACAAUUGUCACGAAGGACGCAGUGGGGAAUUCGUGUUGUCUUCCUGCUCAGUAUUCCAGCUACCAUCUGUUCCAUCUUCAAGACUGUCGAACUCCGUACAAUUUUCACGACACAAGAUCCUACAUGGGAUGGUGUGGCUUUGACAGUCUGGUCUCAAGCCGAGCUUUCGCUGGGCAUUUUGAUCGCCUCACUACCACCAUUACGCAAGGCCCUAACAAAGGUCUUCCAGCAAAUCUUGCCCUCUACUGUCACCAACAGUCGCAAAACACCACUCUACGGCCAAAGUCACAGCGCAAGUGGAAACGUCAUCAUGGACAACCUUCGAUCGAGCAAAGCCUACCAUAGCCGUGUACAGGGAGAGUCCGUGUUAGGCGCCGAUGACGACAGUGAUCGCGCUAUCCUGGAAGAAGCGGAACAUGGAGGAGCAGGCAUUAUGAAGAGCAUGACAGUGACGGUCCAAGGCUCUGUUGCCGAGCCUGAGAGACCAGGCCCGAUAGUUCGGUAGAGCAGCGAGAAAGGAUACAAGUAACGCCAGCGCAGAAGGCGCUUAUUUGAAACGGGCGUCACGUUGACAUUGUAAUCUGCCCAAAUGAUCUAGA